AACAGUGGUCAACAGUUGGUAAUGCACGUUAAGCACGUUACAACGAGCGAGCAGGGGCGUGUAAGGUGUGUCAGCUUCGAAUGACGCUCCUCGCCAGUUGAAAAUAGUAAACAAUUUAUUGUUGGAGCAAAGAUCCAGUCUUUCAUCAUAUAUGCCAGUAGAAAAUACAGGCCUGAAAAUGAACUAUGGAAAGAAAUCUCCAAGCAUGGGUACUCCUUCCAUAUAUUCUCAUGUUACAACUCGGAGUAGUGCCAAUCUUAGAUCAUCUAGAUCCACACGGAGUGUUAAAAUACCAUGGUAUCAAAAACCAAUCAUAACUAAUGCAUUUGUACUUGAUAUUCAAAGAGGAGCUAUGAUGACUGCUAUAUACAGUUUGUGUCUGGGGAUUUUCACCGUUUGUUCGUCAGUAUUUGAUAUUUAUUGCCUGUCUCAAGCCGUUCCUGGGUCUACGCAUUAUGGUUAUUAUGUCAUCUCUUACGAAUUCGUCUACGUGGGAAAUCUACAUGUUCGCAAUGCACUAAUUGUUGCUGCUCUCUUUUCAAUGAUUGGAGGAGUGGCUGUAUUCGUAACAUCAAUAAUGCUUUUGAUUGCUCUAACUAAAGAGUAUGAAAAGAAAAUGUUGCCGUGGAUCUACGUUUUCGCCAUUUUCACUAUAUUCCGAGUCGUUUCAUUCAUAUUCUUCAGUAUUGUUAACGAUAUGAUAUUUGCAUACAACAUAAUGAUGUGCUUCUUAUGGGUUGUAUUCAGCUGCUUUUCCAUCUAUGGAUGGUUACUCGUGUAUUCCUUAUAUAUCGAACUCAGUGAUCUGACAAAGCUUGAGGAUUUAGCGCAUCUGAGGAUGGGGACCAUGCAAUCACUUAAUGCAUCUACAACUCAUUCUAUAGCAGGUUCUCGACCAACAACUCCACACAGCACUGUUUCAACUAUGCCAGUCAAUUGACGGUAAGGUCAACACAAAUUUGAUUCACAAAUAAGUUCUUUCCUGCAUCGGUAUUUGAUCGCAAUACAAUUUGUCUGAUUUAAUAGUAUUAAUAGUUCCACAUUACCCUACGAUCCCUACGAUAAUUUGAUCUGAACAGAGAGAUUAUAUUCUGUGUCAUAUUAUCACUUUGUAUCAUGAACUACUCAACGACCAGAUCGUUAAAAGACUAGAAGGGUAAUUGUUAUUAUGACAAAUGUAACGAAUGCCUACAUUUUUUAUCAUAUACAGUAUCACAUCGUUAGUAUUCAUGAUUCGAAAGUAUACAUAUUUUUCGUGAAUUUAUAGAUUUUAUAAUACUGUACAAACGAUUCAUUGAUCGUAAUAUCUGAUUAUACAAUAUAUUUCCGUCCAAACGUUAUCUUAAGAUAGGUUUAGUUAUUCUUCAAAGAACGCAGAAUGUUAGCUUUUUAAAAUUUCAAUAAUUACCUUGCUAUUAUUUCUCGGGGUAGCUAUUUUAUGUAUAUAGAAUACAUGGAUAUAUACAAAUUUAAUAUAGUGUUAGACUUUUUGUCUCAAAUUGGAACGAAGUUUCAAGAUACUUUUGAGUUAAACACUCAAAUCUUCCUUUUAUUGCACAGCAAAGAAGUUACUGUGCUUUUACUACUCGUUCCCAUAUUUUGUAUGUUUUCUAUCUACAUUGUAACAUACUAACAGAUUAUUAUUUAUAUAUUUUAAUAAUAUCAGGUCUUUGAUCAAACAAUUUUGUAUGUCAUUUGUGUUCAACGUUGACGGUGUUAUCGUUACCGUACUUGGGAAGUGUUCGAUUUUAAUGCAGUACCGUUCCGUCCAAAUUUUGUGCAUGUGAAACACUGAAUGUUUUUACAAUUAUACAUAUCAAUUUGAUAUCAAAACAAGCUUUUUGUAUGUCAAAUUUUACGUAGAACGAUGUUUCACAGUAAUGAACAUUAAAAUAAAAUUCUUAAAACACUA